AUGGCAUCAAAACUUUUGAAUCUAAUAGUCAGGCCAGUCGAUAAACGGACACUGGAGGCUUUGAAAGAGUCGAGAAUGGCGUCUGAGAUGGAAUCUUGUUCCGUUGGGUUCCUGGAAGAGCUCAUAGUAAUACUCGAAUUCCAAGAGAAAGGUAUUCGCCAACCAGAUCGGUUAAAGCAGAUUGCUCAUGAAAUUUGUCUUUUGUUUCUUUCUUCCACAUCAAACGAUUUGAAUGCCCUUGUUGCAAUGGACCGUCACAUGAAAGUGGUUUACGACUUGCUGACUUCACAAGUUGCCAACAAAGAGGUUCGUACCCUUGGCAUUUCUGGUACUGCAGGUGUUGGGAAGACGACACUUGGAAGGUACAUUUAUGCAGAGAUCUCUGUAAACUUUCAGGCACAUGUUUUCGUAGAAAACGUCGAAAACAUGAAAGACAAGAUUCUAAACUUUGAAAGGGAAGAAGAUCCAACGGUUAUAACAAGUUUAGAUCACCAUUGGCAUGAAAUUACCGAAUCAAGGCGCGCUCCAGGAAGCAUAGUGAUUCUUAUUAGCCAGAACAAGAACUUGCUUGUUGACGCGGGAGUGAUGGAUGUGUAUGAAGUCAGAUCUCUAAGAUAUGACGAAGCUCUUCAACUCUUCUCUCAUUUUGCUUUCAAGCAACCAUAUUCGCCUUGUGAUUUCGAACAGCUUGCAGUUCGUGCUGUCCAUCUCGCAGGCUUUCUUCCUUUGGCCCUUAGGCUGUUAGGGUCGUUUUUUAACGGUAAAGGUAGAGAGGAAUGGCUAACUGCACUGCUUAAACUCAAGGCAAAGCGAGGUGGAAAUGUAAUGGAAGUGUGGAAACUUAUGGAACCAUCACAAGAUAAAGGUCAAGAGGAGUGGGAAGCUGCUGCAGACAUAAUGAAAGCAAAUGAAUCAUCAAAAGAUAAAGGUCAAGAGGAGGCGGAAGCUUCUGCGGACAAAAUGAAUUUAAAGGGAAUGAAUCAUCAGAAGAUCAAGAUCAGGAGGAGACGGAAGCUACUGCAGACAAAAUGA